UAUUGAAUAUCCAGAACUGUAUUUUUGUCCAAAAAUCUUCAGAGUUCUUAGAACUUAGAACCAGAGAAAGUACCGAAGAAAAUUGAAUUUGCAUUCGUCUUAUGUGACGAAAACAACACGAAUUCAGAACAAAUGCAACACUCAUCUUCAAACCCUAAUUCCAGUUCCAUCCCCAAUCCUCACAAUGCAACCACCGCGUCCAAAUUUCCCCCACCGCCACCUCCAUCCACGGCAACCACAACCGCCGCCUGCAAACCCUCCAUGUUCCCGCGCCCCGGCGGAAAUGGCGGCCCCCUCCACCGGAGAGCUCACUCCGAGGUCAGUUUCCGGUUGCCGGACGACAUGAUGGACUUGUCCCCGUCCGAUCCGUUCACCGGCGGAUCGUCUACGGCGAGCCUAGAUGAGAUCGGAUCCGAGGAUGACCUGUUCUCGACAUACAUUGACAUGGAUAAGCUCGGAGGUUCAAACGAUUUGGGAGACGGUGGAGUAGAUCCGGUGAGGAAUGAUGAGCAGGAGAAGAACCAAGGGAGGUCGAGGCAUAGGCAUAGUAGUUCGGUGGAUGGUUCUUCGUCGUUUGGGGAGAUUAUGGAUGGGAAGAAAGCUAUGCCUCCUGAUAAGCUGGCUGAGCUUUGGUCUAUUGAUCCCAAGCGGGCGAAAAGAAUACUUGCGAAUCGACAAUCUGCUGCUCGUUCAAAAGAGAGAAAGGCUCGCUAUAUACAUGAACUAGAGCGCAAAGUUCAGACCCUACAGACUGAAGCUACAACUCUUUCUGCCCAACUGACAUUAUACCAGAGAGACACAACAGGUCUGAGUAAUGAAAAUACAGAGCUUAAGCUCCGUCUGCAAGCCAUGGAGCAACAAGCACAUCUCCGUGAUGCUCUUAAUGAUGCAUUAAAGAAAGAAGUUGAGAGACUGAAGGUUGCUACUGGAGAUAUAAUGAGCCACACUGAAUCUUUCAAUCUUGGUAUGCGCCAGAUGCCAUUUACAGAAUCAAAUUUCCUUCCCAUUUCACCACAACCAGGUCAUUCGGGUCACCGUAACAUCCAGUUGCCACUAUUUGGUCACUCCCCAUCUAGUAUGGCAACUCAUCAACUGCAACAAACAAAUUCUCAUUCAUUUUCAGAAUUAUUGCAAAGUGAUCAGAUUGGUCGUUUUCAAGGACUUGAUAUUAGCAGCAAAGGAACAACCGUUGUUAAGUCUGAAGAUCCCUCUCUUUCUGCGAGUGAGAGUAGCACUACAUUUUGAAUUUGAUAUUACUCGCUUGACCUGCUAACUUAUCCUUGGCAUUCGUUGUUCGUUGCGUUGACCUCCAGUCAACUUAUGUACUUCAUGAAGUAUAUUAAUCCAUUCAGAUUGAGGAUUAAAUUAAUUAUUUGUUUUUUGGGUGCUCGCCAAAAAGGGGAAGCGCCCUAGAGUUUUACUGCGAAGAUCACAUAAUCAUGUUUCAGCAUGUGUUUCUGGCUGCUAGAAUAUUGGGAAUGGAAAGGUCAUUCUCACUGUAUCAUUGUAUUUUGGGGUGUAUGGAUUCCCCUCUGUUCAUUUGUAUCAUCAUUUACUUGUAGCAUGUAAACUGUGAUUUAUUAUUUUAUUUCACCUCAUUGACACUCCAUGGAA